GGGGCGCUGCGGGAUGCCGCGCUGUUCUGAGGCGGGUGUGAGCUUCCCUCGCUUUGCCCGCGCCGGGCGGAGCAGGCGGUGAGCGCCGAACCCGGAGCGCAGCUGUGGGGCCGGGGCCCGGCCGGCACCAUGGGCGCUCCGCGCCUCGCCUGCCUCGCCUGCCUCCAUCCGCGUCCCCGCCCCUCCAGCCCGCUCCCGCUCGGCCCCCGCACUCCUGCCGCCUGAUUCCUGCCCAAACUGGAGCUCCCAGGAUCCCCCUUCCCCAGCAAUUCCGAGGCGGCUGGUCUCCAGGACGGGUUCCCAAUUUGAGGUGAAACCAUGAAGAGAAGAUAGAACAGAUAAUAAUGCUUUUCCGCAAUCGCUUCUUGCUGCUGCUGGCCCUGGCUGCGCUGCUGGCCUUCGUGAGCCUCAGCCUGCAGUUCUUCCACCUGAUCCCGGUGUCGACAGCUAAAAAUGAAGUGAGCAGCAAGAGUCGAAAGAGAAUCAUGCCUGAGCCAGUGACGGAGCCCCCAGGGGCAGACCCUGUUUACGAAGCCCUGUUGUACUGCAACAUUCCCAGCGUGGCUGAGCGCAGCAUGGAAGGUCACGCUCCGCAUCAUUUUAAGCUGGUCUCCGUGCACGUGUUCAUUCGACACGGGGACAGGUACCCACUGUAUGUCAUUCCCAAAACGAAGCGCCCAGAAAUUGACUGCACUCUGGUGGCUAACAGGAAACCAUAUCACCCUAAGCUGGAGGCUUUCGUUAGUCACAUGUCAAAAGGAUCCGGAGCCUCUUUCGAAAGCCCCUUGCACUCACUGCCUCUUUACCCUAGUCACCAGCUGUGUGAGAUGGGAGAGCUGACGCAGACAGGGGUUGUGCAGCACCUGCAGAACGGCCAGCUGCUGAGGGACAUCUAUCUAAAGAAACACAAGCUCCUGCCGAGUGACUGGUCCACGGGCCAGCUUUACUUAGAGACCACUGGCAAAAGCCGGACGCUGCAGAGUGGGCUGGCCUUGCUUUAUGGCUUUCUCCCCGAUUUUGACUGGAAGAAGAUUUAUUUCAGGCACCAGCCCAGUGCUCUGUUCUGCUCUGGAAACUGCUAUUGCCCGGUGAGGAACCAUUAUCUGGAAAAGGAGCAGCGUCGGCAGUACCUGUUACGUUUGAAAAACAACCAGCUGGAGAGGACCUACGGGGACAUGGCCAGGAUCGUGGACGUCCCCACCAAGCAGCUCCGGGCUGCCAACCCCAUAGACUCCAUGCUCUGCCACUUCUGCCACAACGUCAGCUUCCCUUGCACCCGCAAUGGCUGCAUUGGCAUGGAGCACUUCAAGGUGAUCAAGAUGCAUCAGAUAGAGGAUGAGAGAGAGAGGCAGGAGAAGAAACUGUAUCUGGGGUACGCGCUCCUUGGCGCCCACCCCAUCCUGAACCAGACCAUCGGCCGCAUGCAGCGCGCCGCAGAGGGCAGGCGGGGAGAGCUCUUUGCUCUCUACUCGGCUCACGAUGUCACCCUGUCGCCAGUUCUUAGUGCCUUGGGCCUUAAGGAAGCCAGAUUCCCGAGGUUUGCAGCCAGGCUGAUCUUUGAGCUGUGGCAAGACAGGGAGAAACCCAGCGAGCACUCCGUCCGGAUUCUCUACAACGGCGUGGAUGUCACGUUCCACACCUCCUUCUGCCGGGACCACCACAAGCGUUCUCUCAAGCCCAUGUGCCCCCUCGAAAACUUAGUCCGCUUUGUCAAAAAGGACAUGUUUGUGGCCCUUGGUGGUGGUGGUACUAAUUAUCAUGAUGCAUGUCACAGGGAAGGACUCUGAAAGGUAGGCAGUGCGGCGCUAACAGAAUCUAUGUCAAUACGAAGAGGUGGGAAAGGUUCGCUUCUAUUUCUAUCUGUUGCUAAGGGUACAAAACGAUAGACUUUUAAAGGCCGGAGAUUGUGCUUGGGGGCCACGUAGAUGGUUUGGGUUGAACAGUGAGUAUAUUGCUGUAACUGGGUACAUGAGUGACUUGGUCCACAACGGCGAGUUCACAGGAAAGGAAGGUACUUAAUCAUAGCCAGAUUCUCCUUAUGAUGCCAGAAUAAUACUUCAGUACCCAAAGUUGCCAAUCUAAAUGUGUAUUCUUUUGAUCUGCCUUGGUACUGUAUGAUGGAACCAGCAAACCUCAGCCAAAAUUUUCAUAAUCUGGGGCAAUAUGACCUUGUCCCUGUUCAGUGAAAAAUGGCCUGAAGUAAUUUCUCUAAAAUCAGGGUGGGCAAACUUUUUCUGUAAAGAGCCAGAUAGUAAAUAUUAUAGGAUUUGUGGACCAAAAGACCACAUAGAGCGUCUGGCACAGCUACGUGGCUCUGCUCUUAUAAGAUGAGAGCAACCACAGACAAUGUGAGUGAGUAAGCGUGGCUGUGUUCACUGGCCACACAAAACACGUAGUGGGCCAGGUGUGGCCCAUGGGCUGUAGUUUGCUGACCCCUGAGCUAAAAGCCAGGCUCUGCUACAACUGCACCUUCAGCACUUUGAGAGAGCACCAGCUGAAUACUGAGACUCAUUCAGCGGUGCCUCCACUAACUUCUGUGAGAAACACGGAAUCUGGUCUGUAUCCGACAUUAUAACACAACCUGAGGGGAGGUAAACAAGGACUUACAGUGAAUCAGAGAAAAAUCAUUAGAAUAAUACUUGAUGUUCAUGAUGAUUGUGGUAUAAGAUAGUUUCGAGUAUGUUUGAAAUAUUUGUCUGCUGUAGUCUACUUGCUGUAUAUGCUGAAAUUUUUGUAUUCCAUUUAGUAUUUUUAUAGUCUAGGAGAAUAUUUUCUAAGACCAGUUUUAGAUGUGCUCUUAUUCUAUGUACUAUUCAGUUUCCUCUAUCUGCUUGGUGGUUUAGAAGGGAGCCGGAAGCUUGAGAUCAGGUACUUUCUUCCAGUAAAACUAAUGAUGGCUCAUUCCCUCUAACAAGCCGUAGAGUCGGAUUGAUUUUUAAACCAUUUUCGUCAGUUUCAAAUGGUAAAUUUCGAAUUUGGUUUUUAAAUAAGUUUUUGGAAGAACUUUGUUACUAGAUAGUUAAAUAAUCUUUGUAAGGUAUUUUAUAUAUUAGAAGCAAUUAUAAUUAAAUCUGUGAUUUCUGACUAAAAUGGUGCUAGUUCUGUGCGAAGAAAUGUCAAGUACAAGUGAGAUUCCCCAGUGCCGUUGGCAUUGCAUCCUUCCCUCUUUGUUUUUGUCCAAUGUUGCAUUUGAAUAUGUCUGUUUCUAUUAAUAAAUUUUUGAAGAAAACUCA